AUGGCUAAAUUUUUUCAAGCUAAGUUCCAGAAUAAAAAUGGGGAAUGGAUUUCAUACUAUAAGAAAUCAUCUAUAUGGCAAGGAAUAAAAUGGUUGAUGGCAGAUGUACAGGAAGGUACAAGGUGUCUAGUUGGAAAUGGUGAAACUAUAUCUGUGUGGAAAGAUAAAUGGAUGCAAGAUAAAUCAUUACAAAAAAAGUUCCCAAACAUGAAGGUGGCAGAUCUUAUACUAGAAGGGGAAUGGGUAAUACCAAGUGAAAUGAUGGAGAUGAUUGAAAUAAAUGAAAUUCCUGUUAUACCUGGAGGGGAAGAUAAAAGAAUUUGGUCAUACACAAUUUCAGGUGAAUUUACUGUGGCAUCUGUUGUAGAAGCAAUAAGAGAGAAGUUUCCAAAGCUGCAAUGGAAAACUCAGGUAUGGCACCCAUAUGUUCAUCCUAAUGUUUCAAGUAACAUACGGAAAUUAGCUAGAAGUAUAUGUUCCACAGAUAAGAAUCUCAAAAAAAGAAAAGUGCAAUUGGCUUAUAGAUGUUGUUUCUGCAAAAAAGAAGAAGAAAAUAAAGAACAUAUCCUAUGGUUUUGUAACUUCAGUGAAAUUAUUUGGCAAUGGUUAGGAAAUAUGUUUAAUUUCAUCAAUCCUAGUUCAUUUGAGGAGAUGCUGAAAAUGGCAAAAAACAAAAGUCCUGCCAUCAAGGAAAUUUGGAGAGUUGCAUCUUUCAUUACAACGAGAGAAUUAUGGUUUACAAGAAAUAAAUGUAUAUAUGAAGAAGAAAUUCUCUCUCUGGAGCUAAUAAAGAAGAAGAUACUGAAGUUUACAAAGGAAUGUGAAGUGAGGAUGAAAGCACCAAUGUGGAAUUGCUAUUAUGAUUUACAAGUGUUAAAAGUUUUUGAGCUUGAAUGCAGAAAAGUGAAAGGUACUAGAGUUAAAGAAGUUUUGUUUCAACUUCCCCCUCCAAAUGAGAUUUUAAUGUGCUGUGAUGGUGCAUCAAAAAGGAACCCUGGCAUUUCAGGCUAUGGAUUCAUUGGUAGAUCAAGCUCAGGUGAAUACUUAAUUGCUGUUUCAGGUGGUUUGGGAGUUUCAACUAAUUUUUAUACAGAAAUAUUAGCAGUAUUGAAUGCAGGAGAAUUGGCUGUAAGUAAGGGUCACAAAGAAAUCUGGUUCAGAACAGAUUCAUCAGCAUCAAUCUUAGCUUUUCAGGGGAAAAAAAUUCCCUGGUUUGCUAUAAAAAGAUGGGAGAAAAUUUGUGCAAACCUUACAUCAUGGUGCUUCAUAGAUAGUUACAGGGAGGUGAACUUCUCUACUGAUGGCCUAGCAAAGAAAUGA